UCUAGCAAGACAGGAGUGGAGUUUGAUCCUUGAGCCGGCUGACGCUCACCCUUCAGGAGGGCACGACAAGCCUACGGUUAAAGGUGGACAUUGUUUGUGUGGGGGGCAGUCGUGCGCACCAUGCUCUGGUCAUAUGAUACUCUUGAAUCGGUCUGAGGUGAGUACCCUCUGAUGGCCACCGUGACAAACUCUAGGAUUUAUACGAGGAUCACCAGGACAGACAAGAACAUAACCAGGACACACUGGCGCUGAAAUCCAGAGUGCUUGCGAUGGAAGAGACGUUUCGGACCAGCAUGGCACCCCCAUUGCCUGGAGGCCAAGCCACACUGGAGACGGUAGACAUAGUAGUACUGGUGCUCUACUUUGUGUUGGUGAUGGCCGUAGGACUUUGGUCCAUGUGGAGGACCAAACGCAGUACAGUGGAUGGGUACUUCCUCGCAGGGAAGAACAUGACAUGGUGGCCUGUCGGUGCAUCUCUGUUCGCUAGCAACGUCGGCAGUGGCCACUUCAUAGGGCUAGCUGGCUCUGGGGCCGCGGCUGGCAUUGCUGCCAUCGCGUACGAGUGGAGCGGCAUGCUGAUGGUGUUGCUGCUGGGAUGGCUCUUUCUGCCCAUAUAUAUCUCAUCCGGGGUUACAACCAUGCCAGAAUAUCUGCAGAAGAGAUUCGGUGGCAAGAGAAUACAGUUAUUCAUAUCCAUCUUAUAUUUAUUCAUUUAUAUCUUCACUAAGAUAUCAGUGGACAUGUAUGCCGGGGCAGUGUUCAUCCAGAGGGCACUGCAGUGGAACCUCUACUUAGCUGUGGGGGUGCUGCUGUGCAUCACUGCUGUCUACACUAUAGCAGGUGGUCUGGCUGCUGUGAUCUACACUGAUGCUGUUCAGACAUGCAUCAUGCUGGCCGGGGCUUUGACCCUCAUGGUUUUCAGUUUUGCCGAGGUGGGUGGAUGGGAAGCGCUCCUGCAGGGCUACGACAAUGCCAUCCCCUCGGUCAGGGUCGCCAACUCUACCUGUGGUCUCCCCCGCGACGAUGCCUUCCACCUGUUCAGGGACCCGUUGACCUCUGACCUGCCCUGGCCGGGCAUCUUCAUCGGCAUGUCCAUCCCGUCUAUGUGGUACUGGUGCUCGGAUCAGGUGAUUGUUCAGCGCUCCUUGGCUGCUAAGACCCUGAGCCACGCUAAGGGAGGUUCCCUGCUGGCGGCCUACCUGAAGAUCCUCCCCUUCUUCAUCAUGCUGCUGCCUGGCAUGAUCAGCAGGAUCCUGUAUCCUGAUGAGGUGGCGUGCGGAGACCCUGAGGUGUGCACCCAGGUGUGUGGGAACCCAGUGGGAUGCUCAGACAUAGCAUACCCCAAGCUGGUCAUGGACCUCCUGCCCUCAGGCCUGCGGGGGCUGAUGAUGGCUGUGAUGAUCGCGGCGCUCAUGUCCUCGUUGACGUCCAUCUUCAACAGCUCCAGCACCAUUUUCACCAUGGACCUGUGGCGCUACUCGCGGCCACGCGCCUCUGAGUGGGAGCUCAUGAUCGUGGGCAGGGUGUUUGUGCUGGUGCUGGUGGUGCUGUCGGUGCUCUGGAUCCCGGUGGUGCAGGCCAGCCAGGGAGGGCAGCUCUUCAUCUACAUCCAGUCCAUCAGCACCUACCUGCAGCCCCCCGUCGCCAUCGUCUUCAUCCUGGGCUGCUUCUGGAAGAGGACCAAUGAGAAGGGGGCUUUCUGGGGCCUAGCGGUGGGCCUGCUGGUGGGCUGUGUGCGCAUGGUGCUGGACUUUGUGUACCCCAGCCCUCUGUGCUCCCAGGAGGACAGCCGGCCGGCGGUGGUGAAGGACGUCCACUACCUCUACUUCUCCACCAUGCUCUCCUUCCUCACCCUGGUGCUGGUGGUCUCCAUCAGCUUAGCCACGGAGAAGCCCCGCCCAGAACAGGUGAGUGCCACCAAUCAGACCGCCACCGACAGUCUGGUGAGCCGUCUCACCUGGUUCACCAGGUACGACCAGGUGAAAACGCGCCCGGGAGAGCAGGUAUUCACGGUCGAGGCGGGUAUGGUGACACGGGAGGAGAUGGAGGUGGACCCCAGGGAGGAGCAUCCCGUAGAGACGAACCCUCCGCAGGGCAACGGAGUGACACAUGAGAGGAAAGACUCUGCGUCCUCCUCUGUGACCAGCGUCCCGAGUCAGUCGCGGCUGUCGUCCGCCCUCUACUGGCUGUGUGGUAUGGAGAGGAGGACGCCGGGGGAGACUGCCCCGCCCGCUCCGGUUCCUCCUCUGUCCCAGGACCCCGCCCGCCUCCUGCAGGAGGAGCCGUGCAUGCGGCAUGCCGUCAACUUCAACCUCAUCGUGUGCAUGUCGGUGACCGUCUUCUUCAUUGGCUACUGGGCCUGAACAGAAGACGCUGAACAACCAAUCAUCAGACCGGUCAAAUUUUUUGAUAGACACUGGGGUUCAUCAUCAAUUAGUGUAUGAGAGUGGUUGGCUUUCUCUGCUCCCCCCUUGUUUGAUUUAUUAUUAAAGGUGGGGUGGCCAUUCAUUAAUUUCAGUCAUUAUUUAUUAACAGGGUUUUGUAUGUAAAAUGACGGGCUGACUCAUUUUUGGGAGUCACUGUGUCUGUAAAUGUGUCCAAUUCUAUUGAGAUCUAGAUUUUAAAUUGCUUCAUGUUUCCUGUGAAUAACUGUUGUCUUUUGCCUUAAAGUCGCAAUGUUCAACAUUUCAACUAGCUCGUGGCAAAAAAUAACCUGGACAUAUCUGAAAUCAAUGUUGAACAGUGAUUUCAAUAUAAAUUUCAUCCUACAACUGGUAUAUAAAAAAAAAAAAUAUAUGCUGCUAAGCCCGAACCUCACCUUUUUUAUUAUCCAUACUAUAGACACUCCCCAAACCCCUCCCACCACACAAUUGCACAGCCAGGUAGACUGAACGCAACACUUUGUAUUUUAAAUUCUGAAUUUUGGGCUCAAACAUAGAUAUUGCGACUUCAACUUAUUCAUUUCUUGAAAAUGAAAAAAAUUAUGUAUUUCACUACUCCUGGACAAAAUGAAAAGUAACAUCCCUGAAACCUGAUAUUUGCCUUGCCUUUCAGCAGCAUGAACUCUCCAUAAUAAAUACGAUUUUUUAAAUACACAUGUUGACCCACUUGGCAUUUAUUGAUAUAGGAAAUGAUCAGGAGUGACGCCAAAGAUUAUAGAGAAAGACCCCAGAAACAUUCAUUGACAAUAGACAAAAAAUAAAAUAAAAAACAUUUAAGUCUCGGCUAGAGCAACAUGUUAAAAUAAAGCAGUAAAAGAUGCAUUGUUUUAAUGAAAAAAUGAUAUUUUGUACAGAGAAAUAAACGUUACUAAUCCCUUUAAGACACAGUGUCACAACUCUGUAAAUGUUUUAGACUUACAGAUAUGGAACUUGGUUUUGGUCACAAAAUACUUAUUUAAGAAAAAGGUAAAAAAAAAACAAUACCAAAAAAACAAGAUAGGUCAACACCUUGGUAU